CAGACGUUCAUUUGAGAUGGUGGGAGGUUGAUACUUGUAUUCCCUACUAUCACCAAAGCGCUAGUCAUUUCCUUUCUGUACAUCAAAGCCUUUGUCAAGAUCUCUCGUCCAGCGCACGUUUUAAUACCGUCUUCUGCCCGAUCGCCACUGAAUAACGGGCUCUUUCACCGAUCGCAUUUUGCACGAUACCCGCAUCAUGGCAAUCUCAGUCGAGUUGAAUACGCCUCUAGCUCAGGCUCUCAAUGAAGUUAUACAACCCAAGUUGGUGGAGGUUGGGUGGAGUACGGGUGGUGGAGAUGAUUCGGCGCUGGCCGAGUAUGUCAUUUUGAUGCUGGUAAACGGCAAAACACAGGAACAGAUCGCGUCGGAAUUGGCAAACGACCUCCUCGGCCUUGGGCCCGAUGACACGGAAGCUGUUGACUUUUCGAGAUGGCUGUUCGAACAAGUCGAGCUGUUAAACAAGCGGUUAAACGGUGAACUGGCCGAGCCAGAGCCAGAGAAUGCAGCGCAGGCUAUUCCAUCAUUUACCGAAGGGAGCGAUGAUGCUGCCGCACCUGCCAGUGCGCCUCUUAAGUUUGAUGCCGAGAUGACUGAUUCUCCUUUACAACCUCGAGAGGGCGGACUACCAAGCGGUCCCAGAAAUAUGCGAAAUCCUAAACAGAACGGAAGAGGACGGCUUUUAGGCCAAAUAACGAGGGCCAUGGACCGAUCAAGCGAGUCCGUCCUACAUCGGGUCCGAAAUCAAAGCGGCGCCGAAAGAAUAAAUAUGCAUCGGGAACCGCCAAGGGGUCCUAGAGCCUUUCAAGCAAGGGGUGGUCGCUCCGGAGGGGGCAGGCAGGCCGGCGGAAUGGGGAUGAACAUGGGAAUGGGUGCUAUGGGAAUGGGAAAUAACCCAAUGCAGAAUAUGCCUCCCGGGUCCAAUAUGAUGACGCCCCAACAACAAAUGCAAAUGAUGGCCUUAUUUGAAGAGCAGGCUCGAAUGAUGGCACAGUUUAUGCCCGGGUUCGUUCCGCCAGCCAUAAACCCCGCUUUUCAAACCGCGCAAGGAAUUCAGAAUCAGGGGCGAUCAUUAUUUGAGCGCGCGGAACAUCACAAGGAUAGAAAUCCUCACUUCCAAAGACAUCAUCAGAAUGGCCGGCAGCAUAACCAGGGCACCAACAUGGAUGUAGACGGUGGCCCAAAAGAAAGUACGGACACUCAAAUGGAAGAAGCACCGCAAAGCGAGUCGCAGGAUCGAGGAACGGAAGGUGUUUGCCGCUACAACCUGAGGUGUACGAAUAAAGAUUGCCCUUAUGCCCACCAGUCGCCGGCGGCGCCGGAAGGUACUACAAUUGAUGUCUCUGAUGUCUGCCCGUUUGGAGCUGCAUGCAAGAACCGAAAGUGUGUUGCUCGGCAUCCUUCUCCAGCACAGAAAGCAAUGCACCAGUCGGAAGAGCUCUGCAAGUACUUCCCGCACUGUCAGAAUCCUCACUGCCAAUUCAAGCAUCCGUCUAUGCCUCUGUGUCGGAAUGGAGCCGACUGCUCUGUUCCCGGCUGCAAAUUCACCCAUCAGCAAAUACCGUGUCGGUAUAAGCCAUGCCUAAAUCCCACAUGUCCUUUCAAACACUCUGAAGGGCAGAAAGGAGUCUUCUCGGACAAAGUUUGGACCGCUGAAAGGAAAGAUGCCCCUCAUGUUAGUGAGCGCAAAUUCGUAGCAGAUGAAGCCGGGGAAGAGGAGUUGAUCAAACCACCACCCUCGUCCAGCGAGGCUGAGAUUGUUACCUAAAAGCAUGGAGUCUUCCCUUAUCCCGAAAGCACUAGGCUUCGAUGUUGGUGAGAUUUGCGGAUAUUCCCUUAAGACAGGCCCUUUGUGCCGAUAAUUUCCCUUGUGUUACUUGGUCUUUAUUUUCUUUUGGCAUGAAUAAUGGCGUUCAUUCGGA